GACUGUUCUCCUCCAACAGGAGCCGCUAUGGCGCGCUGUGAGCCGGAAGCGGAAAGCGCAGUUUUAUGCAAGGCAUCAGAGGGUCGCAGUUAUGAUGGCGGUGAGGGGUUUAGUGUUGUUCAGGUGGGCUUCAGAGGACUUUAUUCACACACACUCUCUGAGGAGCAGAUUCCGACUCCAGACGCAGCAGAGAUGUGGCUUUCGCAAGAGGGUGGAGCCAAAAAAGGUUGAAGAGGUGGAGCCAAAGGAAAUACUGCACAAGAAGGGCGUGGCUCCAUCACCAGACCCGCCCACUCCUCCCAGGCCCACCAAGUCAUUUGGCAGACUGGUCAAACCAUUCAUCUUCACCGUAGGGUUUACAGGUUGUUCGUUCGGGGGAGCAGCGAUAUGGCAGUAUGAAAGUUUAAAAUCUCGUGUACAGAGCUACUUUAAUGAUGCCAAAGCAGACUGGCUGGACAAAGUUCGGCCCCAGAAACAUGGAGAUUUGCGCAAACAGAGUGAAGGGCAGAAAACAGUCACAGGCAUCAUUGCAGUGAAUGCGUUUGUGUUUUGUUGUUGGCGGGUUCCCUCUCUGCAGCACUUGAUGGUGAAGUACUUCACAUCAAACCCUUCCUCAAAGGCGCUGUGCUGGCCGAUGCUGCUGUCUACAUUCAGUCACUAUUCUCUCUUCCAUUUGUCCGCCAACAUGUACGUGUUGUGGAGUUUCUCCUCCAGCAUCAUCAAUAUGAUGGGCAAAGAGCAGUUCAUGGCUCUCUACCUCUCCACAGGUGUGAUCUCCACAUUUGUCAGUUAUGUCAGUAAAACAGCGAUGGGCCGGUUGGGUCCAUCAUUAGGAGCGUCAGGGGCCAUCAUGGCGGUUCUAGCAGCUGUUUGCACAAAAAUGCCUGAAGCCAAACUGGCCAUCAUCUUCCUCCCGAUGUACACCUUCACCGCCGGAAACGCUCUCAAAGCCAUCGUCGCCUUGGAUACAACAGGUUUGAUUCUGGGAUGGCGGUUUUUUGAUCACGCCGCUCAUUUAGGCGGAGCUUUAUUCGGCAUCUGGUACAUCAUAUAUGGGCAUGAGCUCAUCUGGAAGAACCGAGAGCCGCUGGUGAAACUGUGGCAUGACUUCAGAUCACGAGGACCAGGAGGUGGCAGCAACGGCUCCAUUUAGAGCAGUGCAUGAUGGAAAGAAACCGAGCAGGUGACUGGAGGAGAUAAAAAGGACACAGAUAUUCCUGCACUGAUGUGUUUUCACUAUCGCUGUGGUGUGGUAAUGCCCUGCCCCCGAGUUUAAAUGUGAACAAAAUGAGCUCCGCCCCCAGGGUUACAUUUGAAUCCAGUGAGCUCCACACACUAACAUUAAAGUCGAAUAAAAUGAGCUCCACCCCUAAUUUAAAUUUGAAUAAAAUGAGCUACGUCCCUAGCUUAAGUUUGAAUGAAAUGAGCUCCACCCACCAAGAUUAAAUUUAAAACAAAUAUACUUCGCCAAUCACAAGUUAAAUUUGAAUAAACUGAGCUCCACCUCAUAGUUUAAAUUUGAAUGAAAUUAGCUCUACCCCAAGGUUAAAUUUAAAUCAAAUGAGCUCCGCCGACCAAGGGAAAGUUUGAAUAAAAGGCUCCACCUUUAAGGUUAAAUUUGAACAAAAUGAGCUUCAACUACCAAGUGUAAAUUUUAAUGACAUUAGCUACACCCUCAGGGUUGUAUUUAAAUAUCAUAAGCUCCACCCCAUGUUUACAUUUGAAUCUACUGAGCUCCGCCCCCACCAAGUUUAAGUUUGAAUAAAAUGAGAUCCGCCCACCAAGGUUAACGUUGAAUAGAAUGAGCCCCACCUACCAAGGUUGAAUUUAAAUAAAGUGAACCCCACCUUCCAAGGUUAAAUUUAAAUAAAAUAAGCUCCACCCCCACAUUUAAAUUUGAAUAAAAUGAACUCCGCCCCCUGUUUGAAUUGGAUUAAAAUAAUCUGUCUCCAAGAUUUAAUUUAAACAAAAUAAGUUCCAGCCUCAAGGUUAAAUUUAAAUAAAAAGAGCUCCACCCAUCAAGUUUAAAUGUGAAUAGAAUUAUCUCCGCUUCCCUUGUUUAAAUUUAAAUAAAAUGAGCCCCACCCCCUUGGUUAAAUUUAAAUAAAAUAAUGUUCAACCCCUAAGGUGAAUUUUGAAUAAAAUGAGCUCCACCCUCAGGGUAAAAGUUGAAUAAAAUGAGCCCAAUGUUAAAUUUAAAUUAAAUGAGCUUCACCCACCAAGUUUGAAUUUGAAUAAAGUGAGUUCUGCCAACCGAGGUUAAAUGUGAACAAAAUGAGCUCCACCCCUAAGGUUUAUUUUAAAUAAAUUAAACUCCACCCCCAAGGUUACAAUUAAAUAAAUUGAACUCCACCCACCAACGUCAAACUGAAAAUCACACCAAAUUUAAAUAAAGUCAGUUCUGCCCACCAAGGUUAAAUUUAAAUAAAUUGAGCUCCACCCCAAGAUUAAAUUUAAAUCCAGUGAGCUCCACCCAUAAGGUUUAAUUUAAAUAAAUUGAGCUCCACCCACCAAGGUUAAAUUUAAGUAAAAUGAGCUCCACCAACCAAGGUUAAAUUUGAAUAACGUGAGUUCUACCCACCAAGGUUAAAUGUGAAUAAAUUAAGCUCCACCCCUAAGGUUAAAUUUAAAUAAAAUGAGCUCCACCCCAAGGUUAAGUUUAAAUAAAAUGAGCUCCACCCACCAAGGUUAAAUGAAAUGAGCUUCACCCCAAGAUUAAAUUUAAAUCCAGUGAGCUCCACCCCUAUGGUUUAAUUUAAAUAAACUGAGCUUCAUCUUCAAGGUUAAAUUUAAAUAAAAUGAGCUCCACCUACCAAGGUUAAGUUUGAAUAAAGUUAGUUCUGCCCACCAAGGUUAAAUGUGAACAAAAUGAGCUCGACCCCUAAGGUUUAAUUUAAAUAAAUUGAGCUCCACCCCUACGAUUUAAUUUAAAUAAACUGAGCUCCACCCCUAUGAUUUAAUUUAAAUAAAUUGAGCUCCACCCACCAAGGUUAAAUUGAAAUAAAAUUAGCUCCACUCACCAAGGUUAAAGUUGAAUAACGUGAGUUCUGCCCACCGAGAUUAAAUGUAAACAAAAUGAGCUCCACCCCUAAAGUUUUGUUUAAAUAAAUUGAGCUCCACCACAAUAUUUAAUUUAAAUAAAUUGAGCUCCUCCAAUCAAGGUUAGAUUUAAACAAAAUGAGCUUAAACCCCAAGGUUAAAUUUUAAUCAAAUGAGCUCCGCCUACCAAAUUUAUAUUUAAAUAAAGUCAGUUCUGCCCACCAAGGUUUAAAUUUGAAUAAAAUAAGCUCCACCCCCAAGGUUAAAUUUGAAUCCAGUAAGUUUCACCCACUUGGCAAAAAAGCAAAUGUGGUUAAGAGGCGGAGCUUCAACUCCCACCACAGCGACUGCUGUACAUCUGAGUGAACACGAAACGACAACAUGUACAGAAUGUGUAUGAUUAAUAUAGUCUGUAAUUGUCAUUCAAGAAUAAAAUGAUUAUUUAAAGUUGUCUAAUCAGAAAUGA